AUGUUCAGCAUGUGAAAGUGUCAGUCUGCAGGUCACAGUGUUUGCGUGUGAGUCUGUGUUCAAGUGGGUGUGUGUGUGAGCAGAGCUCUGCUGAUCACAUGAUUUCUGGGAAAAGGAGGAAGCAGCAACAAGACAGCAAAGCGAGAAAGCAUUGGAGACAGACAUUGAAACUGAGGACAAAGAACUGGGUGAAACUGUACAGGAGAGAAACACGUAGAUGGCCAGUGGUCGUGCACGCUCCACGCGGAAGCUGAAACCAUGGCUUGUGGAACAGGUGGAGAGUGGCAAGUUUCCAGGACUAGUCUGGGAUGAUGAGAAAAAAAACUGUUUCCGUAUUCCUUGGAAACAUGCUGGAAAACAGGAUUUCAGGCAUGAUGAGGAUGCUGCCAUAUUUAAGGCUUGGGCACUAUUUAAGAACAAGCUUCGUCCUGAGGACAAGAUAGACCCUGCAGCUUGGAAGACAAGGUUGCGCUGUGCUCUAAACAAGAGUCCAGAAUUCGAAGAGGUCCCAGAAAGGUCACAGCUGGACAUAUCGGAACCAUAUAAAGUGUACAGGAUUGUGCCUCCUGCGGAGCAGGUAAUCCCAAGCUCUGGAAAACAAGCACGAAAAAGGAAGCGCAACGUAGAUCACAGAGACAGUUCAUCUGAUGAAACAGAGACAACCAGAACAGAGGAGAAACCACAGAUUUUCACUCUGGAAAUAGUUCCAUUUGUGGAUACAAAUAUAUCCAGUACUAUUUCCACAGAAGAUUCUGGGGUUGGAAGUGACACGAACAGCACAGAGAUGCUUAACACCCAUUACAACCCUGAAUACAUGGAAGUAACAGUGCUGUACAGUGGCGUUACGGUAUCAAAGUGCCUGAUCCAAAAAGGAGAGUGUAAAUUAUCAGCUGGGAAUCCUCCAGUAGGUGGUCAUAUGGAACACGUUCUCCUGCCUGCCCCAGAUGAGAAGCUUGACGUGGAGACACGUGAUCAAACGAAGAAGCUGUUAAAGUUCCUUCAAGCUGGAGUUAUGCUGGCCAGUAAUGUGCAUGGGAUUUUUGCUCAGCGCCAAAGAUCGUGCUCAGGGCGAAUAUUCUGGAUGGGGCCUUGUGCAAAUCAAAGAGGGGAGCCAAACAAGCUGGAAAGAGAUGCACAUGUAAAACUCUUUGACACCCAAAACUUCCUGAGAGAACUCGAAUUAUAUCGCAUGCAGGGAGGUAUACCUCCUGGUUAUCAAGUCACUCUAUGUUUUGGGGAAGAAAUUUCAGACUCUGACCCUUCAGCCAACAAACUUAUCACAGCUCAGAUUGAACAAGUCAUGGCUAAAGAGAUGGUAGGUGAAGCCAUUGAAAGCCAUUUCCAAAUUGCUCAGAGUUCAAAUCCACUCGUACAGAGUCUCCCAGCUACCUACCUGAUUCCCCUAGCUUCUGAGGAAUUGCAAGAAAUGCAAGAUCAUCUCUAUGCAGAACUUUAACAUCGGAUCCUUUUUUUCCUCUCAAAGGCAUGGUCACAUAUUCAUGAAGAUAGAUAUGUUAGUGAGGAAACUUACUGGAGAUUGGGACCUUUGUGUGAAAAAGCCAGUUUAUAAGACUGUUGUCAACUACUAAUAUAUGUUGGAAAAUACCACUAAAGCCCCCAGUUGUAAGGAUGUAUACUAUACCAUAGUGCCGUCUAUGUGAAGAUUGCAGCUGAUUGGGAAAUGAAAUGUCAAAUAAUGUUUUUAGUUCCAUUAGUUAUACCAAGCACAGAUAGCUCCAUAGCACACAGCUUUUUUAAAAAAAUAUGUUUAUAUUGGUUAUUACCCAACUUGGAAGCGUCCAAUUAUAUCUGAAGCUUCACAAUUGCUACCUUCUGCUGUGAUUUAGUAGGUUUAAAUAAG